CUUUAGGGAUCUGAAGAAGUCUCGAUAUAAAGGCUGACCGGGACCAGCUGAGGAUCAGACCGGUGGAGCCCUGCUCAUCUUAACCAACACUUCACCAAACAACUGGCCAAGGCUGAGACAGCAAGCGAGAGGAGGAUGAGCAUGCGUGGAGCGGUGGCGGGUUGCGUGGUGCUGGUGUGUCUGCUGGCUCUAGUGGUAGAGAGGACGGAGGGACACAUCACCUUCUUCAGCCCCAAGGAGAUAUUGAAGAUGAAGCAGAACGGCAAGAAAGACAUGGAGGCUCGGUCAGAGGACGGCCAGUUCGAAGAGGUCACCGUCCAGCAGGCUCCUCUGACGGAACACGACGGAAGUCCUGACAAGACGUUGGAGGUAGCUGUUCGUCUUUUACCCAGACAGGUGGAUCACGUGGCUCCGGUGCUCGAAGAGCUCAUCCAUGAAAUAGUGGAGCAGAGUCAGAAAGGUAACUGGCGCCAUCUUGUUUUUUUUUUUUUCCUUGAUUAGAAAAGUGUAAUGUGACCACCUUCCUCUCUUAAAUCUGUCUCUGCAGACAAAUAGCGAGGCCACGGGCGCCGUGAGGAGGAAAGUUGUGUAAAUUGUUCGGAGAAGCACUGAAUGCUAUAAAUGUUUCGUUGUGUCUAAAUGAAUCAAACAAUAAAAGGAAGUGAUUGUAUCAUG